GUCUGUAUAGAAAUGUCUUCAGCUGCUUUUUAAAAGAGUCAGUGGAGUCUGUACAGACGGUGGAAGAGAAUUCCACAACCUCUGUGCCACUGCCUGCAAAGCCCAAUCACCACGAAUUUUGAAACUGUACAUGUGACCUACAGCAACCUCUGACCUGAAGACCUAAGUGUUUGGGAAGAAGAACGAGCUUUCAACAGGUCAGAGAUAUACCGGGGAACUGACUAUGUAGAGCUAAAAGUUAAGGUAAAAUGAAAAUUCUAAAGUGAAAUCUAAAAUUUUACUGGCAGUCAAUAAAAAUAAGCCAAAACUCAAGUAAUAUGCAAUCUAAAUGUAUUUUAUGAUAUUUACAUUACAUUGCUAAAGGUCUAAAAAAAAACCCCUCUCAUAACUAUGGGGAAGGACAGUGGUUUACUGGUAGUACACGUGCUCUAGCAUGUGUUUAGCACGCCCCUGCUGUCACUGUCCGUCUGGUGUCAACCAACAAGGGUUAUCGUCGUCUUUUGAAUUUAUUUUUGGACAAACCUUCCUUGACAACCGACCUUAGGCAUACAGCUCUUAACAGCUUUGAUAAUUACACAUGAAUAGUCCGUGUUGGUGCCACUGACCGUGUAAAAAGGCUGCAUGCUGUAACUUUGAUAAUGGCCAAUAACAACGUUAAUUAACAAUAAGCCUGCAACAGCUGUGUCACUCUCAAAAUAAUAGGCCUACACGUUUAUCUGUGACCAUGCUGGAACACCCAAGGGUACGCAGUCUAGAACAUAACAGAAGCAAGGUGUCCCAGGAUGAAUUCCCAACUUAUUAUGCAACUCCACUAUAAAACACGCGGCACGCAACAAGUCAGUCUCAUCCAGGAGGUGAGAGAGGAGAGAAGCACAGAGAACACAAGCGCUGUAACUAGAGCUCUUCUUUCCACUCGUUGUGCAGAGAAUUUAAGCAAAGAAAUGGACUUCAUCCUGCCACCCACUAUGCCAGCUGGUGGUAUCCCCUGGGAGAAGGUUUUACCACCUCUUAUUCCACGGCUCAAUGGGACUUAUGGACAAUAUAAUUGGUCCCCAAAAUUAAUCAUUCCAGAGACUGAUAAUGCCAGCUCUGCAGAGGUGACCUGUGAUGACAGCGGAUUUACAGUUCAAGUUGAUGUGAAACAUUUCAACCCAGAGGACCUGAUCGUCAAAGUCAUAGGAGACUUUGUAGAAGUGCAAGGAAAGCAUGAAGAGAGAAAGGACGGUCCUGGAUUUACAACACGACAGUUUAACCGUCGCUACCGCAUUCCAAAAGGAGUGGACACCAUGGCUUUGGAGUCGGCGGUCUCUCCAGAUGGGAUCCUUAUCAUAUCUGCACCUAUGCUGCACACUCAGAGUUACACACCUCUUACUUAA